AUGCUGCAAAAUCCAAUAUUUCCAGGUUAUGUGCAACAAAUGGCAGAUCUGCCCACCUUUCCUAUGACUACACAGGUUAAGCAGAGCCCCAAGCUUUCUUUCAACAUUGACACCAUUCUGGCCAAGAAGGAUAUAUUCACCCACAAGGCGGCACCAGAGAUGGUAGUUUGGCAACCAACCUGUCCUCCUCUUGUGUCUUAUGGAUAUUCAUAUGACAUGGCACCCUAUCCAUCUGUGUGGGUACGUCGACCAACAGCUUGCCACCCCACCCUGCUUUCCCAACACCAGACAGCCAGCUUGCCCAAGGUACCAUGCCACCUCACAGACCCCUUCUGCCAAGCUAUAGGAAUUGCAUACACGCAUUAUAGCAACUCCGUGGAAUGUGUAUCCUGGCGUUCAGGACAAUGCAAAAUGAAAAGGGUCCGGACAGUUUUUACCCAGGAGCAGCAGGAAAGACUAGAGAAGGAAUUCCUCAAACAACAGUACAUGGUGGGCACCGAGAGAGUGGAUCUGGCUUCUACUUUAAGCCUCUCAGAGACACAAGUAAAAGUAUGGUUCCAGAAUCGCCGUAUCAAAUGGAGAAAGCAGAGCCAAAAGCAAAAGAAGGCCAAGUUAUCUCAGUCUGGGGUAUUUCCUGCAGACACAAAAGAUAUUGAACUUCCUCAGAGUUCAAUUGAGGGCAACAUAAUGGCACUUGCAGUGACGUCCUCUACCCCAAUUGGAGGGUCAGCUACAGGAAAUGAGACGGACACAGAAUUGGACGAUGGUGAAGGUAGGAAGACAUUCAGAGAGAGAGAGAAAACAUGA